AUGUUUCUUCUUCUCUGCCGCAGACUGAGCGCCAUGGCUCUCGAUGGGUUCAGAGCCGCUGUCUAUCAUGGGAGCCUGACAGACGCGAUUUCUAAUGUGCAGCAGAGAACACCAGAGUCGUUUAACAGCCACACCCUCAGCAUUGCCAUCACGGGGGAGUCGGGCUCCGGGAGGUCCUCCCUCAUCAACGCCAUGCGGGGGCUACGUGCUGGUGAUGAAGGCGCUGCUGAAACUGGGAUGCUCGAUACCAUGACGAUGCCGGUGGCUUAUCCAGAUCCCGUCCUCCCAGGCGUCACCCUCUGGGACCUGCCAGGGGUGGGGACGCCCUAUUUCCCUCUAGACACCUACUGGGAGCGGCUCAAUUUGAGCCAAUACGACUUCUUCAUCAUCGUUGGCUUCCAGCGCUUCCGCUCCGACCACGCCUGGCUGGCCUGUAAGAUCCAGAGAAUGGGGAUGAGGUUCUACUUUGUGCGCUCCAAAGCCGACGCGGACCUGGAUGCUUCCAGGAGGCAGCGUCCCUCCAGCUACGACGAGGAGAGGAUCCUGGAGCAGAUCAGGGAGGAUUGCAGGAGAGGCGUAGCAGCUGAAGGAGUGGGCCACCCACAGGUUUUUGUAGUGUCCAGCUGGGAACCCAACCGCUACGAUUUCCCACUCCUGCGACAAACUUUGCAGAUGGAGCUGCCGCGCCUGAGGAGACACGCCUUCCUGCUUAGCCUGCCUGCUGUCGCCUCGCCCAUCAUCAACCAGAAAAAAGCUGCCCUGAAGGGGGAGAUUUGGAAAAUAGCCCUUUUCUCAUGUCUUCUUGCUGCCAUUCCUGUCCCAGGCCUCGCUUUCUUGGGCACCUUCUUUGUCUUCCGGAAACACCUGUUUGGAUACUCCAGCAACUUCGGCGUGGACAACAGAUCCCUCCUUGCUCUCGCCCGGCAGGUUCGGAGGCCCUUGGGGGAGCUGACGGCCAUGAUGACGUCCUUGGGAACGACCCCCAUGAUGGCUCUGAAGCUGUUGUUGGAUUCAGUGGGGGCCGCCAUGAUGGUAGCGGAAUAUUCGUGGAAGCGCCUCCCCGUAUUUGGUGCUCUGGUGUCCGGAGGGGUGGCACUGGUUACCACAUUCUUCAUGCUGCGGAAGCAUUUGGCCUCUAUAGCUGACGACACCCGGCGGGUUCUGAGCAAAGCUCUGGAGGCAGAAAGGGAAAAUGCCAUCUAGGAUUUGGUGUUGCACUGCAUGAGCCUCCUGCUGUCUAGAAGACACAGUCUUGGACUUCAAGCAGGAAAGAUUCAUGAUUCUCCAUCCAGGAGUUGCAUGGGAAGAAAUUGUCUCAAGUAAAAUUUUGCUUAUUUUGCCUUAUACUCCAUUUUGCUAGUUUUGAAUUAGUACGAAGAAAUCGUUCUGAGUUUAUAUUUUGCUGAUUGUGUUAAUGUUUGUUCUUCGAAGGAUAGACGUUUUAUGGCUGUAAUUGCCUUAUUUACUGUUUGGUGUGAGUGAAGAAUGUAGGUAAUUAACUGAAAAAGGACAACUGGUUAGAUAAAUGUCUAUCAGGGAUGGUCUAGACAGUAUUUGGUCCUGCCAUGAGGGCAGGGGACUGGACUCGAUGACCCCUCAAGGUCCCUUCCAGUCCUAGAGUCUAUGAAUCUAUGAAUAAAAUUGGGCCGGAUGGUCAAGAAGGGAGUGGAGGAGUCAAAAGGCACCAACUUUAUUAUCAAUCCCCAGAUGGCAGAUUGACGACUCUAAAGCAAAGGCAUACACCCCAAGGAUGAGAUAAGGAGUUGAGCGAAAGGGAUGAGAUAAGAAAUAGCUGCAGAACCUCCCCAUAACAACUCAACAUAAUGCUAAUUAACAGCAACCUUGCAUACCUCGUGAUUGACAGCUCCGGUGUGACACAGCAAGGCCCAUAGACUUGUAUGGGAACUUAUCAUUCUAAAAAAAGGGUGUAUUGCCAUGGGACUUUGGGUUCGUUCUGCAUCAACAUCGGAGCUUUGAACCUGUUCGACGGAGGCCCAGCUCCCCUCCCUCGUGUGCACGUUCAGCUGGCCACUGGAACUGACCGAGUAACAUUA